UCUGUUUUGCGCAGGCGUAAUGGGCGGAGAAAGGGUUUGGUCCCAGGAUUGGUUGCGCAGGCGCAGGGACGGAUCCGUUUUGGCGGGCGGUUGGCGUUGCGCAGAAGGCGGUGGCAGCAGUGGCUUGUGGUGCGGCCUCACCACAGUGAAACAGGGCAGACGUUGCCGAGAGUGAUCACUGUCGAUCCCGGCUUCCUGCGGCUGCUGUAACAAAUAACCCUGGACUUGUGAUGUAAAACAACGCGAAUUUAUUCUUCUCGCAGUUCUGGAGGCCAGAAGUCUGCAAUCAAGGUGUUGAGCCACCUCUGGAGGCUCUACAGGAGAGUCUUUUCCUUGCCUCUGGCAGCUUCUAUUGGAAUCCGGUGGCCUUAGUCCUUCAGGUGGAACAGUGUGCGACAUGGGAAAGAAAACCAAGCGGACAGCUGACAGUUCUUCUUCAGAGGAUGAGGAGGAGUAUGUCGUGGAAAAGGUGCUAGACAGGCGUGUGGUUAAGGGGCAAGUGGAAUAUCUGCUGAAGUGGAAAGGCUUUUCUGAGGAGCACAAUACUUGGGAACCUGAGAAAAAUUUGGAUUGCCCUGAGCUAAUUUCUGAGUUUAUGAAAAAGUAUAAGAAGAUGAAAGAGGGUGAAAAUAACAAACCCAGGGAGAAGUCAGAAAGUAACAAGAGGAAAUCCAAUUUCUCAAACAGUGCUGAUGAUAUCAAAUCCAAAAAAAAGAGAGAGCAGAGCAAUGAUAUUGCUCGGGGCUUUGAGAGAGGACUGGAACCAGAAAAGAUCAUUGGGGCGACAGAUUCCUGUGGUGAUUUAAUGUUCCUAAUGAAAUGGAAAGAUACAGAUGAAGCCGACUUGGUUCUUGCAAAAGAAGCUAAUGUGAAAUGUCCACAAAUUGUGAUAGCAUUUUAUGAAGAGAGACUGACGUGGCAUGCAUAUCCUGAGGAUGCGGAAAACAAAGAGAAAGAAACAGCAAAGAGCUAAAGGAGGGGGUGGUCUCUGUCAUUUCUCUUUGUACAUAAUACAUUCACCUCCCUGCCUCCUCUCCUUUCUACCCAGCCCCUUCUAUCCUAAACACAUCCAUAAAAAAAUGUGCUUAUCACUGUGCUCCACAGGA